GUUUUCUCGUCUCACCAGACGGAAGUGACGAUUGUACACUCCUGCAAAUUCCAUGGAAACGGCGUAUUACGCUUGCAACGACAGGCAGCGGGAGGAAAAUCUCUAACAUUCACUCAACAUCAAUUAAACAAAUACAGUUGAUGUAUUGCUAUACUUAUAACCAUACAUACAGUGUUAUUAAGUAUUUACCCUUUCUCGAAGCCACGCUUUUCAAUCAUGCUCCGCGCUCCUGAUGCAAGGGCAAGAGACAGCCAAACGAGGCAGAUUCAGGACAACGUCACCAAUGUGGAGAAGCACUUCGGAGAGCUGUGCCAAAUGUUCGCUGCCUAUGUGCGCAAAACUGCACGACUUCGGGACAAAGCGGAUCUGCUUGUGAGAGAAAUCAGCAUGUAUGCAGACACGGAAACGCCACAUUUGAAGAACGGCUUGAAGCACUUUGCUGACCAACUUUCCAAAGUUCAGGAUUAUCGUCAAGCAGAGGUGGAAAGGCUUGAAGCGAAAGUCAUAGAACCUUUGAAAAGCUAUGGAACCAUUGUGAAAUUGAAAAGGGAGGACCUUAAAGCCACACAGUUAGCAAGGAACCGGGAGGCCAAACAAAUGCAGCAGCUAGACAGGAUGAGGCAGAGGAACCCCUCGGACCGCCAGAUCAUCGUAUCCUAAUCCUCCUCCACACUGACACACCUUCACACUGCCGAAAGUGAACUUCAGAGGGCCACAAUGGAUGCCACACGCACUACUCGGCAGCUGGAGGAGACCAUCGAUGAGUUUGAGAAGCAGAAAAUAAGGGACAUCAAGAAAAUCUUUGGCGAAUUUGUGACUGUUGAGAUGACAUUCCAUGCGAAAGCUUUGGAGGUUUACACCAAUGCUUUCCAGCACAUACAGAACGUGGAUGAGGAGCAGGACUUGGAGGUAUUCAGGAGCUGGCUGCAUCCCCCUGACUACCAGUCUCGGUUAGAAAUAGUUCGUGCUAAUUCCAAAACAUCACUGAAUCGGACUGGUUCAACCCUGAGUAAAUCAGGGACCUUGCAGCAACCAAUAACCCCAAACCAGCAGAGGAACAGAGGCGAUGAUGAUGAUGAAGAUGAUGAGGAGGAGGAAGAAGAUGAUGAUGAUCUUGAAGAGGUCACAGACGACGACGAUUAAUUCCGACCGCAUUUCAAUCCAAUCACUGGAUGUAUUUUGAAGCCGUUUGUAUUUGAUUCUGUGUAUAAUUUAGUAUUCCUGCAUAUCAUACAGUGUUUUAUCUCUGGGUGCACAUUCACAUAAUAAACAUUAUAUUCUUCCAAA